CAGUAGAAGUAAUAGAACUGGGAAAUGAAUCUGGUGUAAACACCAUUUUUUAUUGUUUAAGAAUGCUAUAAUAAAUUAUGUAAUAAAUAAUAAAUUGAUUAAAGAAAAAAAUCUCUCCACUCUAGUGAUUUUGAAAUUAUAGACACCGUAACCAUUAUUUACACAGUAUUUCUACCGUAGGGCAGGUAAAAUCAUGUGGUACGCCUCCUCAACCCCCCAGUGGGGAGAUUAAGGAAACAAACAAAGAAAGAUAUGAACUUAACGAAGUGGUGGAAUAUGUUUGCAACUCUGGAUUUUUGAUGACGUGUUCUAAUAAAAUUCAGUGUGUAGAUGGAACAUGGACAACCUUGCCUCUAUGUAGUGUUUUUACAGAGGGCAGUACAUGGGGUCACGUACCUGGAGUUGCUUAUGGUUAUGUUGUGGAGUCUUCUGCCCCUCCCUUUCACCAUGGAGCUUUAGUGGAGUUCAGUUGCAGAGAAACAUAUACAUUGAUUGGACCCAGAUCAAUUACAUGUGACAGUGGACGGUGGACCCCACUUCCUCAGUGUGUUGCAACAAAUGAACUUAAGAAGUGUAAAUCAUCACAGUUAGUUUCAUAUGAGGUGAUUGAUCAUAACACCAACAUGCGUUACAAAUGUAGAGGAAGAACAGACUACAAACACUCAAUCUGCAUAAGUGGAAGAUGGGAUCCUGAAAUAACCUGCACAGGUAAGCUCUUAUUUAUAAUGUUUUUAAGGAUUUAUGUGGUUUAUUUCUAACCUGUAAAAGAAUGAUCUUUGUGCCUUAAAAAAUUAGCUAUUUAUUAUUACAAAUAAUUUUCAAGUGGGAAGGUAAUUU